AGACUGUUAUUUCAAAAAGUCGUAUGUCAAAAAUUCGGUUUUUUUUUUAUUGCCUUAAAAUGUGGCAAAUUAUGUUUCGCUUCAAGCAGCAAAAUCUCUUAUGUCAACAGCUGGUCGAAUGUGAAAUAUAAGCUAUUGUUUAAAAGUUGUAUGUAUUCUCUACUGAUUUGUGCUACUGCAAAAUGUCUUAUGUCUGAGAAGACUGGAAGAGAAGGUAAGUUGUUUUUGUUUUCCUUCUUCUCUACUAAAUAUAUACAAUUAUUCUGUUCUAUUUCUGUUCAUAAAUGUUUCAGAAAGGUUUAAUUUGUAACCUACACAUUACUUCAUAGUGUUUACAGUCUUUAAAUCUUACAAAAGAGUUAUUUACACUGUUAAAUUCUGUUGACGUGUUUUUAGGUUAUGUUUGUAACUCCAACUCAAGCUUUAGAAAAAUGAUUUUCAACAUUUUAAGUAUUUCUACUAUAUGAAUAGACUUCAUAAUAGAGUUUUAGGACACAAGUUAUGGUUUAAUAUGAUUAUAUCAUGCAUAAUCUUAAUAUUUAUUUCGGUACUAAAAUGUCUUAUGUUUGGUAUAAGUCUUGUGUUUGGUAUUUAGCCUAUUUGCAUUUUCAAACAUACGACUUUUUGGAACUUAUAUUAAAUGCAAUCUUGCAUUGUUUCAGAAAAUGAUGCAAAGGGGAAAAUUGAUGGUCGAACUAGCAGAAAAAAGACUGUCUGUUAUAAAUGUGACCCUACCAGCUGCAAAUGAAGUGAGCGUUGCUGAAAACUUAGAGGAAGAUGUGCCUCUCACUGCAAGUAUAUCUGUCCCUACUGUUGCGACUGUGAACCUUCCGACUAUGAAAGAAACAAGACAUCGGUUUGGCUUGGCUGAUAAUAUAGAGCAUGGUGAACCAGACGUGGCUGCUGCUAAAGAGGGAAUACCAGUGCCGGUUGAAGUUGGCAGUUCUCCUCUUAUUGAUUUAGAGGAAGUCGACGAACAAGCAGUUGAAAUACCUCUUUCGUACAAGAAAGAGAAACUCAGAGGAACCAACCAAGAAUCUGCUAGACCUAGCCGAAAUAAAAAAUCAAUAGGGAGAGAAAAAGUUCAGAAAAUUUUACAACAAACUGAUGAUAGUAUAAAUGAUCCCUUAUUUUCUUCUGAUUCAGAUGUUUUAUGA